CCCUCCUGGACCGCGAAGGCGGGAGGGAGUGGUCAGCACGCCUUUUCCGCUAGUUGCCCCCUCUAGCCCGUAGUCUCGCUGCCCCGAGCCGUCCGUGCCCGCCGGCGGGCCGGACCCACAAACAGCCCAGGCGCUCGGGGGGCGCGCGGGGGGCGGGGGGAGUUCCGGUUCCGGUUCUUUGUGCAGCUGCAGCGGCGGCUCCGGGAAGAUGGCGGCCCGGGCGGGUUUCCAGUCUGUGGCUCCGAGCGGCGGCGCCGGAGCCUCGGGAGGGGCAGGCGUGGCGGCUGCUCUGGGCCCAGGCGGAACUCCCGGGCCUCCCGUGCGAAUGGGCCCGGCGCCGGGUCAAGGGCUGUACCGCUCCCCGAUGCCCGGGGCGGCCUAUCCGAGACCAGGUAUGCUGCCAGGCAGUCGGAUGGCACCUCAGGGACCUUCCAUGGGACCUCCUGGCUAUGGGGGGAACCCUUCAGUCCGACCUGGCUUGGCCCAGUCAGGGAUGGACCAGUCCCGCAAGAGACCUGCGCCUCAACAGAUCCAGCAGGUCCAGCAGCAGGCGGUCCAAAAUCGAAAUCACAAUGCAAAGAAAAAGAAGAUGGCUGACAAAAUCCUACCUCAAAGGAUUCGGGAAUUGGUACCAGAAUCACAGGCCUAUAUGGAUCUCCUGGCUUUUGAAAGGAAACUGGACCAGACUAUUAUGAGGAAACGGCUAGAUAUCCAGGAGGCCUUGAAACGUCCCAUCAAGCAAAAACGGAAGCUGCGAAUUUUCAUCUCUAACACUUUCAAUCCGGCUAAGUCAGAUGCAGAGGACGGGGAAGGGACAGUGGCUUCCUGGGAGCUCCGGGUAGAAGGACGGCUCCUGGAGGAUUCAGCCUUGUCCAAAUACGAUGCUACCAAGCAAAAGAGAAAGUUCUCUUCCUUUUUUAAGUCCUUGGUGAUCGAACUGGACAAAGACCUCUAUGGGCCAGACAACCACCUGGUAGAAUGGCACAGGACCGCCACUACCCAGGAGACCGAUGGCUUCCAGGUGAAGCGACCAGGAGAUGUGAAUGUGCGGUGUACUGUCCUGCUGAUGCUGGAUUACCAGCCUCCCCAGUUUAAAUUAGACCCUCGCCUGGCUCGGCUCUUGGGCAUCCAUACUCAGACACGUCCCGUGAUCAUCCAAGCACUGUGGCAAUAUAUUAAAACACAUAAGCUGCAGGACCCUCAUGAGCGAGAAUUUGUUAUCUGUGACAAGUACCUCCAGCAGAUCUUUGAAUCUCAACGGAUGAAGUUUUCAGAGAUUCCUCAGCGGCUCCAUGCCUUGCUUAUGCCACCAGAACCCAUCAUUAUUAAUCAUGUCAUCAGUGUUGACCCAAAUGAUCAGAAAAAGACAGCUUGUUAUGACAUUGAUGUGGAAGUGGAUGACACUUUGAAGACCCAGAUGAAUUCUUUCCUGCUGUCUACAGCCAGCCAGCAGGAGAUUGCUACUCUAGACAACAAGAUCCAUGAGACAAUAGAAACUAUCAACCAGCUGAAGACCCAACGAGAGUUCAUGCUGAGCUUUGCCCGAGACCCUCAGGGUUUUAUCAAUGAUUGGCUUCAGUCCCAGUGCCGGGACCUCAAGACUAUGACUGAUGUGGUGGGUAACCCAGAAGAGGAACGCCGUGCUGAGUUCUACUUCCAGCCUUGGGCUCAAGAGGCUGUGUGCCGAUACUUCUACUCCAAGGUGCAGCAGAGGCGGCAAGAGUUAGAACAAGCCCUGGGAAUCCGGAAUACAUAGGGCCUCUUCCGCCCCCACUGGCUGCACCAAUUCUGUUGGGGCCCUGUGCUGCCUGCCUCAAUGUACCUGUGCUGGUUUUGCUUGAGGCAUUCCAGGAGAUGCUGUUGGUUCAAGGACAGCAUCACGAUGAAGAGGGUGUCACAUUUCUAUUUCACAGGCACCUAUUGUCCUCUUCACCCCAGCCUUCCCCCUCAGCUUCUCCCCACAAAGUUCCCAUGUGCCUCUACCUCCCUAUCCCAUCCCUGGUCUACAUAGGACCUCUAGAUAGUGUUAGAGAACCCAUAGUGGUAAUCAAUGCUCUGAAAUGACUGGGGCCUCUUGAGGCCAGGUGGUCUUCAGGGAGACCAGCUACACUGAUCUUGCCCUUACGAGGAGACCCAGACGUUGGGAGCUGUCCCCUCCUCUGAGACUCAGGCCUAGGGCACUCUGUGAGCUAGUUGACCUUAAACCAUCCUGGUGACUCACCUUCCUCCCUUCCCUCCACAGGUUGGAGCAAACUUUCCCUUUCCUCUUUGCCCUCUGGCACUAAAGGAGCCCAGGCUCUUGGGCUUCACUGAGCCCCAGGUCGGUCCCUGCUCUUUGGACUGACCUGCUGUCUCAGUGCUGUCUGACCCCUUAGUGGGUCCAUGUCAGUAUUGGAGUGUGUUUUGAAGUGUUGCUCUCUCCUGCACACUCCCAUAACCGCCCGCCUGCCCACCCGCCCGAUACAUACAGGAUUUCCUAACCCAUGGCAUUUGGGAGGGGGAUCUUGCCUUUCUCUGUUAGAGCCCCAGGGACCAAAGCUGGGGUGCUGUCCUUCCCUUCCCAGUGGAGGCUGUUCCUUCCUGCUGUUGGAGGAGUGGCUUCUUCAUUCACUCCAUCCUGUCCCCUCCCUUAAAUGGAGAAACAGGCCUAAAAUCAAACGGGUAUAGCCCUAGGCCAUCCCUGUCUUCCUGUCCCAUGUCUGCUCAGUUGAAAUCCAAUGGUGGUUUCUAGGGCACUGAGGAGUGAAAGCGCCUAGGGCUGGAGAAUAGGUCUGAAAUGGGUUUGUGACUCCCCACCCCCUGCCCUCAAAGCUUCAGACCCCUCAGGUAGCAGCAGGAAGGUGGUACCCUGACCCCUUGGAACGGCAUCUUUGUAUCUUUCCAGGGGAGCCUCAGGUUCUUCCAGGUUUUUCUGCCUGGAGUUAGCAUAUCCCAGGCUCAGCUCGCAGACAACACUGCAGGGUGGGAGACAGCUGGGCACAGGGGGAUUCCGUUGAGCAUGGGCUCUGAACUCACAGAACUGACAAAGCCCCUGCUUCCCCACCCCACCUCAGGCUCCUGCGAGCAGUGUUCCUGUCCCCUUUCCCUGCCUGUUCUGUACUGGGGGCAGCAGUGUUCUCCCCGUCUCCCCCUGCCCUCUACCCCUCCCUCGGAAGGUUCUCACUACAGUGACACUGGACGACCCUGGGGCAGCUGAGCCCCAGCCUGGCUCCUGGCUGGGAGCGUCAUGAGGAAACUCAGCACUCCUGCAGUGUCCCUGUUGAUGACUUUAUUAACUGAAUUGUGGGUUUUUUGUUUGCUUGUUUGUUUUUUUUUUUGUUUUGUUUUGUUUUGUUUUGUUUUUCAUGGACCAAAUUUUUUUUGUAUUGUCUCCUUAUUGAUGUCACCCAGUUUUAAUAAAAGACUCUUCUGAAGA